CGAGGAGAGAGCAAGGAAUCAUUCCAGCUCAGCUUACAGCGCAUUCAGGAAAUAAUGUUUUAAGUUGUUUUCUUGUUUGACACGUACGAGUGGUGAGUGAACACAUCCCUGCUCACUGUGAGCCAGCUCGACACACUUGAUCGACACGAUUCUCGCGGUAGUAUCACCCGGCGUGUGAGUGCUUGGCCACGGCUCGGGGGACAGCUAACAGACGACCGGUUACGUAAGGUUAUAGUAACAACAUAGGGAAAGAUGGACGAAAGUGCACAGGGAACAACGCAGUCUGCAGACGGCAAUCAAGAUGUGGACAUCCUGUACCUGUGGAAGAUCCCUGUCGACAGGACAUAUGUCAAAUCUAUCAUAGGCGUCCUCAAAGUUGUCAUCGCGAUUCUUUCCCUGAUCGCAUUUGUUUGCUGUGCUUCGGGGCGCUCUGACGUGUGCGAUAAAGAGUUCUCGUCGACCUACAACUACUUCGAGUUCGUGUCCAUAUCUGCCUUCCUCACAAUCAUAAGUCUCUGGUUUUUCUUCGUCCUGACUCUCCACAGACGGAUUUGCUUCAAAUUAAUACCAUGGGUCUUUGUGGACUUGAUCUACUGCGUCGUCUACAUCAUCAUGUAUGUUAUCGCCGACAUCGUCCUGGCUGCUCAAACCUGUGGAAAAGGUUCCAACGAAGCCGGAGCGGUUUUCGGAUUCUUCACGGUGGCGGCGUUCGUGGCGCACGCUGUCUUCACCUUCUUGCAAUGGAGACGGUCGCGGACUCAAGCGACGUCCGAGUCCUCCCCAAAACCCUCCCCCGAGUACAGCGCCGAGCGCAACAUGGAAAGCUACUAACCAAACACAGCAUUCAAUGUGGAAAAACUUCUAGCCAACACUAACCCUGCAAUAUGAAAAAACUACUAGCCAACACCAACACUGCAACUUGGAAACAUACCAGCCGAGUACAGCACUUAACCCAACAGGAAACGCAGCAACUUUUUGCAAUGACAAAUACAACAUGGAAACUCAUCAACUUAAUGCAGCACCGAAUGCAGAAAUGGCAAAAUUGCAACGUAAUGCAACCUGGAAGCACAGCAACCCAAUGCUCAGCAACACAACAUGGAAAUAUAUCAACAAUACAGCGAUGAACGAAAUAUGAAAAGUAUCAACUGAAGACAGUGCCCAACGAAAGAUGGAAGCCUGUAAGACGAUGUAACAUCAGUCCCUUGACGAUUUGUCGCUCUGUGUGUGUGUGUGAGCGCGUGUAUGAAUGAUUGCAUUUGAAUACACUCACACUCCUUGUGUGCUACGGAGAUUAGCAUGUCCCAUGCAAGUUGACCUCUCUGCACUAUGUCGUGAUGAACUCAAGCGUGACGUGAUUAACCACACCUUUUGUCAAUCAUCAUGAUCACCACCUUCAAGGUUCACUUGGACCUAUGGUUCACUUGGACCUGUAUUUCACAUCAGUCGCUGAACAUAUCUUGUUACACAUCGAACACGGUCACACAAUGUUCUUCUUUUACAGAGGUGCCUUGCUCUGCCAGCAGUCUGUUACAGUGUCACUGUCAAAGUCCACCAUCAGGAUAUUUUUUAACCACCUAUCAUUAAUAUGAUCACAGAGGUUCUCCUUAAGUCAGACUCUUUCUUCUGACUGCUUUAUUAAUGGAUUAUUACAGCAAACCCUGACAACUACAUUACGGCUAGCGUAUCUCUUUGAUCACUCCAUGUACAAAAAUAAUUCUUUAUAUUUUCUCAUUAUUGUGGCUGUUUUCAACAGUAAUAUUACAAUCAAUUUCAUCCUAACAUUUUAUUGAAAGUGCCAUCAUUCUGAACCAGUGAAAAAGAAAAUGGCACAUUUUUCCAUAUAAAAACGAGAUCGACAGAACGCUGGCGACUAUAAUCUGUGCAUCAUUAUUUCCAUAUUAAAGCCACUCUUGCCGGGAUGACACACCCAGACACACAACUGAGGGUAGGUUGUUCCGUUGUCCAUCGGUAACGUGCAAGUGACGCACAAUGGCGAUAUCAAGGUUACAAACUGUUGUAUUUAUUCUUUUCAUCGUCUUCCAGAUUCUUUGCCAGUGUGUGAUAUUUUGAAACUUUAUAACUCGAUCAAGUUAUGCAUAAAUUCAACACUGUUGUUGUUUUGUUUGUUUGUUUGUUUUUUCUGACAUGUUGCAAGUUUGAUCGAAUAAAUAAAGGAGUGACUAAAAUU